AAUUAUUAAUCAAAAAAUAGAUCUAGUUUUGCUUAGUAACAAUACUUGGUGUUUGUAGUUGGUGUGUGUGUUUUUUUUCUCCUUCAGCUGCAUGAGUACAAACUGUAUAAAAUCUUUAAGUAACGUUCUCAGUUUUCAGGGUAAGUUGUUGAACUGCUCAUUCAGAAUCUGGGCUCCCUUCCUGAAACCAGAUGACACACUUCUUGCCCUUCCCAUGCCAAGUCCCUCCCUCAGUGGCCCACUUCCUCUCUGAGUCAAGGCACUGGGCUCUGAACCUAUUCUGGCAAGAUCCUCUCUCUUCUCACUUUCCCCUGUAGGUGUGUUCCUUUCUCUAAGCAUUGCGUUUAACAGGACCGAGCCUUGGCGAUCCUUGCCAGAGACCAGAAACUUGACAAAUGCGCAAGCCAAUGUUCAAGCACCACACUUCCUCACUACUUGCAGUGGUGUGCUGGGAUAAAAUCCAGGAGACUCAUAAAAGCCAGACGGAGACUGCACAAUUCUUUUUUUUUUUUUUUUUUUUAAGAUUUUAUUUAUUUAUCAGAGAGGGAGGGAGAGAGAAACAGCAUGAGAAGGGAGAGGGUCAGAGGGAGAAGCAGGCUCCCCGCUGAGCCAGGAGCCCAACGUGGGACUCGAUCCCAGGACUCCGGGAUCAUGACCUGAGCCGAAGGCAGUUGCUUAACCAACUGAGCCACCCAGGCGCCCCUGAGACUGCACAAUUCUUAUGGAAACUUAUGCCUUAGGGGAGGGAGCCUUUAAUAAUGGUCUGUGUAAACUGAUGCCCAGGCGGUAUGAGUUCGAAGUGCUGCUCGAACACACUGAAGCAAAGAGGAACCCCAAAGGGCAGCAUCUCCCCAAACAAAACAAUUGCUUCGACCAACCAACCAACCCAAACGGCUGCAAUGGCUCUCCUGGCGCGAAUCCUGAACGCCCGAGUGAGCCCGGCUGCCGGGCGAGGCGGGUUCCUGAGCGCCGGGGCUUCACGGCCCUCCCGGCCCGAGGGCGCCCGGCUGCCGGCGGGGACGCGGGCCGAGGACAAAGGAGCGGGGAGGCCGGGAGCGCCGCGGGCCGGGGGCCGGGCCGAAGGGCCCCGCAGCCUCGCCGCCAUGCCGGGGCCCCGCAGCCUCUCCAACCUGGUGGAGUUCUUCUGGAAGGACGGCUUCAGCCGCAUCCACGAGAUCCAGACCGAGACAUGGUGGCUCAGGUGCUCCGGGCAGAGGGGGCCAUGCCCCAGAGAGCCGACAUGGGGUCCUGGCAGGAGUACCGACACUUACGAGGGAGAUCCACCGGGCUCAUCUCGGCGGAGGGUGAACAGUGGCUCAAGAUGAGACGUGUAUUGAGACAAAGAAUUCUGAAACCAAGAGAUGUGGCCGUUUUUUCAGGAGAAAUCAACCAAGUUAUUGCUGAUUUAAUUAAAAGAAUCUACAUCCUCAAGAGCCAGGCAGGAGAUGGAGAAACUGUGACCAAUGUCAAUGAACUUUUCUUCAAAUAUUCAAUGGAAGGGGUGGCCACCAUCCUUUAUGAGAGCCGCCUGGGCUGCCUGGAGAAUAGCGUCCCACAGCCCACCGUGGACUACAUCGAGGCUCUGGGGCUCAUGUUCAGCAUGUUCAAGACCUCCAUGUACGCGGGCGCCAUCCCCAGGUGGCUGCGCCCCUUCAUCCCGAAACCCUGGCGGGAGUUCUGCAGGUCCUGGGACGGACUCUUCAAAUUCAGCCAAAUCCACGUUGACAACAAGCUGAGGGACAUACAGUGCCACAUGGACCGUGGGGAGAGCGUGAGUGGGGGGCUGCUCACAUGCCUCUUCCUCAGUCAGGAGCUGACGCUGGAGGAGAUCUACGCCAACACCACAGAGAUGCUGCUGGCUGGUGUUGACACGACAUCCUUCACCUUAUCCUGGGCAGUGUAUCUCCUCGCGAGGCACCCAGAAGUGCAGCAGACCGUGUACCGGGAGAUCGUUAAGAAUUUGGGGGAAAGGCACGUCCCAACGGCAGCCGACGUCCCCAAAGUCCCACUGGUCAGAGCUCUGCUGAAGGAAACGCUGAGGCUGUUUCCAGUGCUGCCGGGGAAUGGCCGAAUCACCCAGGAAGACCUGGUCAUUGGCGGGUACCUGAUUCCCAAAGGCACCCAGCUGGCCCUCUGCCACUAUGCCACGUCCUAUGCGGAUGAGAACUUCCCUCGGCCCAGGGAGUUCCGGCCGGAGCGCUGGCUGCGGAAGGGAAGCCUGGACCGAGUUGACAACUUUGGGUCCAUCCCCUUUGGGUACGGGGUUCGGAGCUGCAUCGGGCAGAGAAUCGCAGAGCUGGAGAUCCACCUCCUCUUGAUCCAGUUGCUUCAGCAUUUUGAGAUCAAAACAUCCUCUUGGACUAAAGCCGUUCCUGCAAAAACCCAUGGGCUGCUGAUGCCAGGGGGGCCCAUCCACGUGCGUUUUGUUAACAGAAAGUGAGCCUGGAUUUUUAAACCCAGCCAGCCUCCUGACACAGACCGGGUGUUCCAAUGUCACUGAUGAUGGCGGAGGAGGGAAGCCAUCCCUUUUAGAGGCCGUCUUGGUAAUAAACUGGCCCCCCAUGUUCUGGGGAACUUGUACAUCUUUAUGCAGAGUAAUUUGAAAAGAUUAUAUGACUUUUGCAAACCAGUGUUGCUUUUUCUUUGGAGAAACGACUGUUUAAAAACGAGGGGCACUGAAUCCUGGUGUCUCCUCUGUGGUCUUACCCUUGUGCUAUACUUGAUAUUCAAUAGUCUCCUAUGCAUUUGUGCAAGGAAAUGUUGGUUUACUUGUAAAUUCCGUGCUUGAAUAUAUGUUCUGUCAUACUGUACCAGGACUCUAUAUCAGGAGGCAAAUGCAACUUACUGUUUCUAAUUAGAAGAGGGAACAUUACGAAUGUCUCUGUAAUACUGUGAGUAUGGGAAGAAAGCACCAGAGUCAACAUUUUAUCCUGAGCACCUGAGAUUUAGAUCCUGCCGAAGGGUUCAAAAUUAAAAGAACCAUAUUCUUAUUUUUCUCUCCAAACUGGUGCUUCCUUUUCUAGUAACUCCUAAAGAAGUUGAAGAUUAGCUUUUGUUUGAAAGAAAUUAUCAAUAAAAAAUAGAACUCCUGUGAAAUCCAGAAUAAUUGGAUUUUCUAACCAAGUGUAAACACUAAGAUGUAUAAGAAAAUCUGACUGUGUGGAAUUUCAUUGCCUCAGUUGAGAAAAAUGAAUUAGACAAGGAUUGUGGAAAGCCAUGUAACUUUAGAACAUUUUUAUUUCAAGGAAAAAUAAACAUAAAAGUGGACAUGCUAUAGAUAAAAUAAUAUUUUGAUCUUCAUGGUGUUAUUUUAAAUAUCUGAACCGGAAAUGUGAUCCAGCUGUUGGUGCUUAUGUAAGGCUCCAACCAGACGCCUUGGGCCUCAGGAUUGUUCGCUCACGCCAAGCUCUGUUGCCUUUCAUGCUACUUGCUGAUCGCUAAUAAGAAAGAACACCAUUUUGUAACAUUCUCCUUGCAUAGUCAUGCUUGAAACUGCUUCUUCUCAAUCCCACAAAUCUUUUCACAGAGUCCUUCCCCCAAAUCACUUGCCUACUAAUACAUACCAUACAUCUCCCCCUGCACUUUAGUCAUGCCGCAAAGUAACCCUUAAAUAAAAUAGAAAUAAUAGCCAUUUCACAUACCAUCUUUGUUAAAGUAUGUAGAAAUCUUUGUUAAAGCUGGAGAAAUCCCCCAGAGGAUUUUGAAAACAGGGGUUGGGUCUUAAAAAAAGGAGUUCAUGUUUCCUUAAGCCUCUGGAGUAAGCCAAUUUGUGUGCAGGUCUUUCUCUCCUCUCUUUUAUGGAUAAGAAAUCUAAGACAGAGAGAUGAAGUAUUUUGCCUGAUAUGUCAUAGUUGGUAAGUGGCACAGCCACAGAGCCAACUGCAGAACUCCAAAGUUCAUGGUUUUUCACCAAAUCUUAUUGCAUCUUUUUUUUUUUUCUAAGCCUUUUGUGGGGCAUGGGAGUCUUUCCUUUCAGUACUUGGAAGACUAUAUUUCUGUACUUGCACCAUCUCUCAAUCAUACCAGUUAUUUUCUUUUUCUUUUUUCACUCCACAGUAUAAAAUAGGUAUCUUUUUUGAUUAAAACAAAACAAAAUACUCAAGAUGAAAAUUAAAAUCACCCAUAUUUCUACCACCCUAAUAAACCACUGUCAACUUUCAAAAAAAAAAAAAAAACAAAACAACAUGACAACGUUAAAUCUGCAUGUGAAGACAGAAUAACUCUAGUCUGAGCGCAGUAAAAAUAUGUACAGUUAAAUACGAAAUUGUGUCAUAAUGACUGACAAGAUGUUGGAUUACUUUGAGGUUUAUAGACUUUUAUAAGCUAGCUACAAUUUUAUUCUGUUUGUGACUGAAAUUAAGAAGUAUUGAGACGAAUGAAGCAACUUGAAGUGACUCUUAUUCUGCAAAGCGACCCCUCUGGUGAAGCGGGGCCGCGCCCGGUGACGGGCCUGCGGUGAAGGUGGUGGUAACACUCGAGCCCGCUGUCCCGUCUCCCUGGGGAGAGGGACAGACAGACCUUAGGAGCCUCCUGAUGUGACACAACAGGAAGCACCCAGCACAACUAUGGUAUUCUUACUGAAGAAAUGGAAAUUGUAUCGGAGAGGUCUGUAGAUCGACUACCAGUUUGUAGAAACACAAGUUAUAGAGGGACGUGUUAAAACUCCAGGACAGAUACCAUAUCAUUUCCCUCAUAAGUGGAAUCUAUAAACAAAAACCAAAUGACAACAAAAAGCAGUGUCAGACCUGUAAAUACAGAGAACAAACUGAUGGAUGCCCGAGGGAAGGGGGCAGGGUGUGGGCAAAAUGGGUGAAGGGGAGAGAGAGAGGCACAGGCUUCCAGUUAUGGGAUGAGUAAGUCACUGGAGUAAAAGGCCCAGCACAGGGCACACAGUCAGUGGUAUUGUAAUGGGUUGUAUGGUGACAGAUGGGAGCUACAUGUGUGGUGUGUGUAACGUAAUGUAUCAAGUUGGGGAAUCACUGUGCUGUACACCUGAAACUAAGGCAACACUGUGUCGACUAUACUCACAUAAAAAAAUGGUUUUGAAAUGAAAAAAAAAAAGUGGUCUUUAAAUGGAAAAAUUAUGUUUUUUAAAGAUUUUAUUUAUUCAUUUGAGAAAGAGAGAGACAGCACAAACAGGGGGAGAGGCAGAGGGAGAAGGAGAAGCAGACUCCCAGCUGAACUGGAAGCCCGAUGCGGGGCUCCAUCCCAGGACCCUGGGUUCAUGACCUGAGCCGAGGGCAGACACUUAAACAUCUGAGCCACCCAGGCGCCCCUAAAUGGAAAAAUAAAAUACACAACAGCUUUCAAAAAAAAAACCCCCAAAACCCCAAAACAAAACAACUCCAUGCAGAUGCAGUCAGUAGAAUCCAGAAUAUGGUGAAGUCUACAUGACAAAUGACUCCAUUUUUUUCAGCAAAUAAGUGACAAGGAAAAAGAAAAAGAGGAAGGAGACUGUUGCAGAUUACGAGAGAAUUAAGAGACGUAUUGACCACACGUGAUGCUGGACUUUGAAUCCAGAUUUAAAUAAACCGCUCGUAAAGAGACAUUUAAGAAAUAAUUAGGGAAAUUUGGACGCUGACUGUGCAUUUGAAUGAUAUUAAGGAAUUACUGGGUUUUUUUUUUUUAGUGUGCUAGUGGUAGUUAUUACAUUAAAAAGAGAGAGAUCUUAUCUCUUGGAGACAGCUCUUAGAGAUA